CAGAUCUUCUCGAGAGCGUACGAUUCGAGAGAGAGAAGCAUUAUCGGCGUUGUUGCACCUAGCACUAGCUAGUUACAUUAGCCUCUGGUUGAACACUAAAAUAAACAGCGAGGAAUCAGUGUUUUAAUUAUCACAAGAGCAACACAUUGUACAUUCAGUUUUAAAAUGGUUGGCGUCAAAGUCAUCGGCCAAGAUUCAGAUUUCCAAUCUGAAUUAACAGGCGCCGGCUCCAGACUGGCUGUGGUGAAGUUCACUAUGGCAGGGUGCAGGCCUUGCGUCAGAAUACAACCUGCUUUCAACAUGUUGAGCAGCAAGUACCCUCAAGUUGUUUUCCUGGAAGUUGAUGUCCAUGUCUGUCAGGCCACCGCCGCUGCCAACAACAUUUCUGCAACGCCAACGUUUCUGUUCUUCCGAAACAAAGUACGCGUUGAUCAGUACCAAGGCGCUGAUGCGGCGGGACUGGAGGAGAAAAUAAAACAGCACGUAGAAAAUGACCCGGGGAGCAAUGAGGACUCAGACAUUCCAAAGGGAUAUAUGGACCUCAUGCCAUUUGUAAACAAAGCAGGAUGCGAGUGCCUGAAUGAGAGUGAUGACUGCGGCUUUGACAACUGCUUAAUCAAAGACACAUCCUUCCUCGAGUCUGACUGUGACGAGCAGCUCCUCAUAACGAUGGCCUUCAGCCAGCCUGUGAAGCUGUUCUCGAUGAAGCUCCAGUCGUCUGAAUUUGCACAUGCCCCCAAGAUUGUGAAGAUCUUCAUCAACCUGCCCCGCUCGAUGGACUUUGACGACGCGGAGAGGAGCGAAGCCACACAGCAGUUCGACCUGGCCGAGGAGGACUACAAAGAGGAUGGCCUCAUCCCGCUGAGAUACGUCAAGUUCCAGAACGUCAACAGUGUCACUCUAUUUAUUAAGUCAAACCAAGGAGACGAGGAGACAACAAAGAUUAAUUACCUGACCUUUAUCGGAACUCCAGUACAAGCCACAAACAUGAACGACUUCAAACGGGUUGUUGGAAAGAAGGGAGAGAGCCACUGAAAAACAAGUAUGGGUACACCGCUGCAAAAACCCAUCCGCCAAAGCUGCUGGUUGUUUCAGCUGUAAUACAAAAUGGACCAGCGCGUCUCUCUCUCUCUCUCUCUCUCUCUCUCUCUCUCUCUCUCUCUCUCUCUCUCUCUCUCUCUCUCUCUCUCCGUCUCUUCUCUGUGUCUCUUAGCUCUCAAAGAGUGGAAUCACUGCUGGGGCUGAGACAGCUCCCUUCAGAUAUUUUUAUUGUAAUCAAAACUAACGUGUAAAUAAAAAGGAAUCCUUUUUCAAAGGCAGUUACCCAGUGUAUUUUAGUACUUGCUCUUUCUUGGGUAUUGAAAGUAAAUGGUGGGAUGGCCUUCCGUCUAGCUGUUUUUUGUUUUAUUUCUUAUACGUAUUUGUUGAACGUACAUGAAUUCAUAUAUUUGUUGUAUAACAUCACUGCAACUAAACAGAACCACCACACAUGUA